AUGGCUCCUGGCCUCACGAUGUUCUCAUGCUGCUUCUCUGGGAGGGAUUACGAGGAUGACGCACAACACGAACAACUCCGCCCUGAACCAGCUAGAAUCCCUUCCGAAGAGAUGUCCGCUGCAAAGCCACUCACUGGUCGGAGGAAGCCCUCAAACGCAGCCCAGAUGGGACCACCAACAUCACAGCCAGUGAUGUCGUCCAACUACCGAAACAAUGACAAGGUCAAACCAUCGGAUUACCUUUACUUCGGCGAGGGAUCCUCAGGGCACCAUGCCAGACAUACCGUCUCGAACAGCACAAGCCAACAAGGCAAACCCUCAAAUGGCCCGAAUUAUACCAAGGCAGGGUCAGGAAACCCAUCAGGACGCGACAACAGUGGAUAUCUGGCCACGGGCCUCAACAAUAAUACCCAGAUGGGAUAUUCCAAUCUGACAUACGGAGGGUCGCUGCAAUACAACUUCGCUGGGACGCAACCGAUCGGGGUUGGGACUUGA